AUGUACACCAACUACAAACAGAAAACACAAGAGUCAGAAAAAUAUACGCCAGACAGAAGAAAAAAACACCUGAUAAGCAUAAAAAACUUUUCUACACACCACCAAUUUCAUACCAUAUUUCUAUCUAAAUCUCUCUCAAAACCUCUGUUCAAACAAUACAAUAACAAACUACUGAUUUCAAAACAUUCUUCAACAUUUCAACAUAACCCCACUGUCUCACUACCAUGUUUCAAACUCUUUUGUAAAAUGCACUCAUCAAUUAUAAUUUCAAUGCAAAAGAAGAAGAAAAAACAUAUCUCGGUUACAUCAUAUACCAUCACUUUAAAACCAUUUACCAUCUACCUCAUAAUGUUUCACAAGACCACUGACUUUCUUCAUAAACUUCACCAACUUCAACCUUUCUCUGCAGAACCAAUAAUAUGCAGACACAAUACAACAUGA